AUGUCGCCAAGUCAAGACAUCGUCCCAGCUGGCAGCAGCUUCGCACAGCAGGGCUCCAUGGACUGGGUCGGGCUGUCGAGCCGUUCCGUUCACUUCACCAUGGACGUGCUGAGCCGCUUCAUGGCCGCGGGUGUCCAGCCUUUCACCAUCGUCGUCGGCCAAGAGGUCGCCCGACACCUCCCCCUCGCCGAGUCCGGCCAACGCAACGUCCAAGACGCCCUCAACCAACUCGCAAGCUACCAGUCGAUCGGCAGCGUCCUGUGGUUCGGCUUCGGCCUCCGUGGCCUGGCACGCACCCUGGGCGCCACGGCAGAGGGGAGGAGCCUCCUGGCGCUGUGUGCGGCGUUGGGAGAAAGCUUCCACGAAGACUAUGCUGCCUCGGUGCUGCAUCAUCUCGUGCUCGCUUACCAACCACCCUCGGGCUUUGUUCCCUCGCUCCAUGAGUGGCAACAGCUCGUCAAGGCCUGCAACGGCAUCCUGUCGCAGUCCAAAUUUCCCAUUCUCGUCGAUGCCUUUGUCAGGCUCGUCCCUCGCCGAAGGAGGCUCCAGGAGGCUCUGGAGUCGCGCCGCAGCGGCUUCUUUCUCGAAACCGAGUGCCCGUCGCCCAAAGACAUGGCCGGGGCUCUCUUGGCUCUCGGGAUGCUCAGGCGCGGCCAGUACGCAUUCGUCACCGUUGAAGGAGGACUCGGGUCGGGCUGGCUCGCAGCCAUGGCUGAGUGGAUGUACGACCUGGGCGUCGGCAUAUCAGACGCCCAGGGAAACACCAUCUACAGGUCACCGGGGCCGGGAGGAGAUCUGCGCCCGCACCUGUUGAUCCGCCUGAGCAAGCAGACUGUCGAUGUUCGGCACGUCGGUGCGUCUCCCGCGCAGGACCUCACGCUGGCCAGCAAGACCUACUACUUGAGGGACAAGCUGGGCAUCGCGAAGCUGCUGUGCAUUGAAGGGACGCCGUUCAGUGGCGGACGUCUCUCGUGGCACGAGUGCCUCGGUGAAGCCUAUGGCCUCGAGUUCGCAGAGCUCAUGAGGGCGUCUGAUCUUGUCGGCUGCGCCUUUGGCUGCGCGGCUCGCAUAUUUUCUGGCAUCAUGGCGUUCGAGCAGCCGGGGAUGGACAUUUACCACGCCGUCCAGACGCGGAACUAUUUCGAAGAAUCUGGAGGCCGAGGGUUCAUCCGAUUCUCUGUCCGGCGGUUUCCUGAGCUGGCGCCCCUGACACGCCGCAGCUACGAGCAACUGGCCCUGUCUUUCCAGGCUGCUCAGGUCAUGUAUAUACAGAGCCUGUUCGACAUCAGGAAGCUCUGUGCAUGCAACAUUUGCUCCGGCAGUGGGUCGCGGCCCAGCCUGGACAGCCUGUGUCUGCUUGCCGUCUUCGAGUCCGUCGUCAUUGUGUGCCAGAUGCUGUCGGGAAUGGAAGUAGCCGACGGCAUGGGUCUGAGGAGGGAUGGCCUAGAAUGGGUGUACCACAACGCCCACAACGCGCUCGUCGACAGUCCGAAGAGGGUCGGGUCGCCGGGACAGGCUCUCCUGCGGCAGACAGAAACGGCACGCAUCAUCACCUGCUCCACACAAGGCCAGCUCGCCGAGAGCGCCAUGAUGCUCUUUGGUGGCCGCAAAGCGGGCAGCAGCAGCAACGUGAGCGCCCUGUCUUCUGGAGGCGUGUGCGUCUUCUACUCGAUUCUCCGAGACUUCACUUUGGAUCGCGAGGCUCUCGGGCGUGUGCACGUGGUUGGGGGCCAUAUCGACUUGGAGGGCGCGUUGUAUGACCGCAUUCAGGAUGCGACAGGGUCUCCCGUGAUAUCCCAAGACCAUCCCGGCUGGCCGUUCUGGGCGGUUUCCCUCGCCAUCACGCAGCGGAUCGGGUCCUUGCAAGUCGACUUUGCGCUGGCCGACCAGGCCCGCCUCAGCCACGACACGCCGCUCAUCGGGCCCGCCUACCUGGUGGAAACUGCGCUGCGGGCGAGGGGCGCCGUACACUGCUACCGCUCAGCAAGCCGGUGCCACGAUCCGUCUUUGGCGACAAGCGUCCGCCCGAGUCGCCCCGGUUUCCUGCUCUUCUCCGACGCCUGGGAAGUCGUCAUCACCAAGACCAAUGACCCCAAGGAUACUACGACCCGGGGCGGCGGCGGCGGCGGCCCUGCAGACCCGCAGGCUCCCCUCCCGCUCUUGAGCGACGACGGCGGCACGCAGACGAUGCAGGCUUUCAUGCUGGCACCGUCGGUGCGGUCCGAUGUCGCCAGGGCCGUCACGCUCGUGACUGCGCGCAGCAAAAACUGCUUGACGGUGCUCUGUGACUACCAGUGCCUCGCGUGCUGCUCUAGCGCUGCCAUGUCGAGGGCGAAGGACAGGAACUGGUUCGCCAUCCUGCCGUGUGACCAUGGGUCUACGGCGGGCUUAGCAGACGCUCCACCAAGGGUUGUCUGA